AUGGCACACCUCCUCACCCUGCCCCCCGAGCUGCUCGAUCUGGUGCUGUCACUGCUGGCCCCACCUGUGCCCUCGCUGCUCCGCCUCCGCGCUGUCCCCGACCAUCUCCUCUCCGCGUCCCCCAUCUGCAGCCUCAAGGCAGUCUCCCUUGUCGCCUGGCGACUGCGCGUUCUAUCGCAACCGCAUCUGUUCUCGCAUGCCCGCUAUGAACUUAGCGACCAACACCGGUUUCUUACCUUUGUUGAAGAAAACGGCCUAGGUCGUCAUAUCCACUCCCUCGUUGUUUCGGUACGCCUCGCCACUGAGCAGCCCUCACGCUGGUGGAUGGCACUUCUGGAACACGUCAAUCCGGAGAUUCUUACUAUAAUCGCACCACCAUGUUUCCUCGCUCAGCUGGCCCAUGUAGGCCUGGAAGACACACAUCCUUGGGCCUUUGACUUGCCGUUCCAGAUACUCCACUUGCGUCGGCCGCCACAGAAAAUCUCUCGCUUCCAGGCAGCCUCAGCUCCUCACACUACCUCCGGCUCUGACACGACCACGGAGUCAGCGUCCAUAUUUACUGCCUGCCCGUGGACCGAGAUCCUGUUCAACGAGGGUUCAUCCCUUCAGGGAUAUCGCAACGAUGGCUACUUCUUGCUACGCCUUCCGUCGUUCAUGGACCAUUGGGGAUAUGCUGAUUUUUUCGAUACUAGUGCCCUCCCCUAUUCACAGACAGCUAUAUUGCGCCUAACAUCUUUCCAUUACACAUCAAUAUUCCCGUUUUACAACCACACCAACCUCGUGUUAAGGAUGAUUCGGAAUAUGGCCAAUCUCCGGCAUUUAAGCGUCCAGCUCGCCCCCUCUCCUGGAGACCUUACCCGUAUCUUCAACGAGGAUAGUAACCUGGGCCACAUGGACCCAAGCGACCCAUGGAUGGAGCUGGAUACGAGCUACUCACUCAUAUCGCAUUGUGUCAAAUAUCUCGGACAAGAGGGAAAACUAGAGGAAUUCCAGACUUGGGAUUUUGAACUGGAAGCAUUGAGAGACAGCAUCCUCGAAAAGAUGGACAGCCGAUUACGCGGUAGAUGGUCCCAUCGUGGGAUGGGCGUGUGGACUAGGCUAGGUCCAUUAGACGACGUUACAGUUUUGGAUACUGAGAGUGAUUGA